AUGUCCCCCCCUGGCUCGGCCGCGGGCGAGAGCAGCGGCGGCGGCGGCGGCGGCGGCGGUGGCGGCCCCGGGGUCCCGGAGGAGCCCACGGCGGCGGCGGCGGCGGCGGACGAGGGCCCCGCCCGAGAGGAGCAGCGUCCCAUCCAGCCCUCUUUCACCAAGUCCCUCUGCCGUGAGUCCCACUGGAAGUGCCUGCUCCUCUCGCUGCUCAUGUACGGCUGCUUGGGGGCCGUGGCCUGGUGCCACGUCACCACGGUGACCCGCCUCACCUUCAGCAGCGCCUACCAGGGCAACAGCCUCAUGUACCACGACAGCCCCUGCUCCAACGGCUAUGUCUACAUCCCCCUGGCCUUCCUGCUCAUGCUGUACGCUGUCUACCUGGUGGAGUGCUGGCAUUGCCAAGCCCGCCACGAGCUGCAGCACCGCGUGGAUGUGAGCAGCGUGCGGGAGCGCGUGGGCCGCAUGCAGCAGGCCACGCCCUGUAUCUGGUGGAAGGCCAUCAGCUACCACUAUGUCCGCCGCACCCGCCAGGUCACCCGAUACCGCAAUGGAGACGCCUACACCACCACCCAGGUCUACCAUGAGCGCGUCAACACGCACGUGGCCGAGGCCGAGUUCGACUACGAGCGCUGUGGCGUCCGCGACGUGUCCAAAGCGCUGGUGGGGCUGGAGGGCGCGCCGGCCACGCGGCUGCGCUUCACCAAGUGCUUCAGCUUCGCCAGCGUGGAGGCCGAGAACGCGUACCUGUGCCAGCGCGCGCGCUUCUUCGCGGAGAACGAGGGCCUGGACGACUACAUGGAGGCGCGCGAGGGCAUGCAUCUCAAGAACGUGGACUUCCGCGAAUUCAUGGUGGCCUUCCCCGACCCGGCCAGGCCACCCUGGUACGCCUGCUCGUCGGCCUUCUGGGCUGCGGCGCUGCUCACGCUGUCGUGGCCGCUGCGCGUGCUGGCCGAGUACCGCACGGCCUACGCGCACUACCACGUGGAGAAGCUUUUCGGCCUGGAGGGCCCGAGCUCGGCCGGCGGCAGUGCGGGCGGAGGCCUCAGCCCCAGCGACGAGCUGUUGCCCCCGCUCACGCACCGCCUGCCGCGGGUCAACACGGUGGACAGCACGGAGCUCGAGUGGCACAUCCGCUCCAACCAGCAGCUGGUGCCCAGCUACUCGGAGGCGGUGCUCAUGGACCUGGCGGGGCUGGGCGCGCGCUGUGCUGGGGGCGCGUCGGGCGGCUACACGCCCACGUGCCGCUACGGCGGGGUGGGUGGCCCAGGCGCAGCGGGCCUGGCCCCGUACCGGCGCAGCUGCGAGCACUGCCAGCGCGCCGUCAGCAGCUCGUCCAUCUUCUCGCGCAGCGCUCUGAGCAUCUGCGCCAGCCCUCGGGCCGGACCGGGGCCCGGCGGCGGGGCGGGCUGCGGGGGCAGCCGCUUCUCCCUAGGCCGCCUCUACGGCUCCCGGCGCAGCUGCCUGUGGCGCAGCCGGAGCGGGAGCGUCAACGAGGCGAGCUGCCCCACCGAGCAGACGCGGCUGUCCAGCCAAGCCAGCAUGGGGGACGACGAGGACGACGAAGAUGAGGAGGAGGCCGGGCCGCCGCCGCCCUACCACGACGCCCUCUACUUCCCGGUGCUCAUCGUGCACCGGCAGGAGGGAUGUCUGGGCCACGGCCACCGGCCGUUGCACCGCCACGGCUCCUGCGUAGAGACCUCACUGUGA